AUGCCUUCUCUUGAAAUACCUGAAGAAAUUCAACGACCACUUGGGUCUCCUUCAAACUCAUCAUUAUCGUCCAAUUCAUCGGAUGUUCUUUUAGUUCGCAUAACAAAUUCACAAUCGGAAUCAUCAGUCAGUAGUGAAACGACAAAUACACAAGAUGAUAACUCAAUUGAAUCAAAUUUUAUUGACGUCAAUAACAGAAACUUUCACAGCAGACAAACAGUUGAAGUAGAAAGAAUGACUUAUCAACCUAUCAAACUUCCAACUGAACCAACAUUAGAAGAACUUUUGCGACAAGUCACAGGAGGUGGAGAAAUUCAAGAAAUUCAACAAAUAAAAUUGCGAAUAAUUUCACCAGCCAUUAGUCUCCAUAGGCUUCCUUACUUCAUGCCAAGGUUAAGAGGAUUAAAUCUUGAGGGAAGCAUGUUGUUUUCACUGCGUGACCUUGGCUGUGAUUUGACUUCACUUGUCUACUUAAACAUCAGUCGUUGUGGGUUGAAAUCUCUUGACGGUACCAACGGAUUAUCAAAUUUGAUUGAGCUUGUCGCUGAUUUCAACUUAAUUGAAGAUGCUGGGCCCUGUUCGAACUUAACUUCCAUAUCAAAGUUGAGCCUGAUAAGCAAUAAAAUUAAAGACUUUCAGGGUGUGAUGUUUUUGGGCUUCUGUAAUCAAUUGAGAGUUCUCGAUUUGGAAAACAAUCUCGUCAAUCAAAAAAUUAAUUAUCGUGAUGUUGUGCAACAAAAUAUUCCAAGCCUCAUUUAUUUGGAUAAAAUUCCAUACCGAGAAAUCGAUGAAGAAACAAAAAGAGAAUUGCUGAGAUCAGAAUAUCAACCAGAGAAUAAUGGAACAGUUCGAAGAAACCUGCAAUUGAGAAUAAAUGAAUCGAUCGAUAAGGAAUCUUCAGAAAAUCUACCACUUGUCACUCACAUCUCAAUCACUAAACGACCAGCAACUGCAGAUGCCAUAAAACCAAAAUACGACGUAAGUGUGGGUGAACCUGUUUGCGGCAGCAUCAUAACAAAAGCAAGAAAGUCAAGAAAGCUAAAAACUGCGUGGGGUGACUCAUGUUCUUCUUCAAGCUUUAGUAGUUCUGACUCUUCCACACAUGGCACACCAGUCAUUAAAAGAUCAACGACAUUGCUAGAGGAAAAUGAAGAGUCUUGUGAAACCUUACUUGAAAAUUCACGAUUAUGGAGAGAAAGAAGCAAAGAAACGAGGGAAAGAUUUAACAAAUGA